GCCCCAGCACCCCCCGUUUCUCUGCCCCCCGCCCCCGAGCCGCGGCCAUGGACCCGGCGGAUCCGGCCUGCCCUGGCCCAGCUCGACACCUGAUUUCGGCAAGGUGACCAUUCUGGCUGCUAGAGUGAGUGUGCCAGCCUGGGUGAGGAGGCAGAGACAGCCUGCUGGGGCUUCUCUCACUUGUUCCCACGGCCUGAUGUCAGAGGCCAUGGACCAGCCAGCCGGGAGUCCUGGAAACCCAAGGCCAGGAGAAGGUGGUGAUGGCAGCAUGGAGCCGGGCACCUGCCAGGAGCUCCUGCACCGACUGCGGGAGCUGGAGGCAGAGAACUCGGCACUUGCCCAGGCCAACGAAAACCAGCGGGAGACCUACGAGCGCUGUCUGGACGAGGUUGCCAACCACGUGGUACAGGCGCUGCUGAACCAAAAGGACCUGCGGGAGGAGUGCAUCAAGCUGAAGAAGAGGGUGUUUGACCUGGAACGGCAGAACCAGAUGCUGAGCGCGCUGUUUCAGCAGAAGCUCCAGCUCACCACAGGCUCCCUCCCUCAGAUCCCACUCACCCCGGUCCAGCCGCCAUCAGAGCCACCAGCCUCUCCCUCCCUGAGCUCCGCCGAGGGACCGGCCACUUCACUGUCUCUGGGGCACUGUGCUGGGCAGAGAGAGGUAUGUUGGGAGCAGCAGCUGCGGCCAGGAAGCCUGGGACCCCCCACUGCCCCACCCCCAGCACUGGAUGCCCUAUCCCCAUUCCUUCGAAAGAAAGCCCAGAUCCUGGAGGUGCUGAGAGCCCUGGAAGAGACUGACCCCUUGCUUCUGUGCUCACCUGCCACCCACUGGCAGCCUCCAGGCGAGGGUCCUGGCUCCCCAGAGCCCAUCAAUGGCGAGCUGUGUGGCCCACCCCAGCCUGAACCCUCACCCUGGGCCCCCUACCUGCUACUAGGCCCUGGUAGCCUGGGAGGCCUGCUGCACUGGGAGCGCCUCUUGGGGUGUCUAGGGGAGGAAGAGGGUGCUGGGCGGCCCUGGGGCCCUAGUAGGGGCUCCCCCCAGGCCCAGGGCACCAGCUCUGGUCCACCCUGUGCCCCAGGCAGCAGCUCUUCCUCCUCUUCUGAUGAGGCAGGUGACCCCAACGAGGCACCCAGCCCCGACACCCUGCUCGGGGCCCUGGCCUGCAAACAGUUGAACCUGGGCCAGCUCCUUGAGGACACAGAGUCUUACCUACAGGCCUUCUUGGCUGGGGCUGCAGGCCCACUCAACAGGGACCACCCAGGUCCCGGGCAGCCAUCUUCCCCAGACCAGGGGCCCCCACAGCUGUCCAAGUCCAAAGGCCUCCCCAAGUCAGCUUGGGGUGGGGGCACCCCAGAGGCCCACAGGCUGGGCUUUGGUGCUACCUCAGAGGGCCAGGGGCCCCUCCCAUUCCUCAGCAUGUUCAUGGGUGCGGGGGAUGCCCCCCUGGGCUUGCAGCCUGGCCACCCCCACUCUUCAUCUCAGGUGAAAAGCAAGCUCCAAAUUGGCCCCCCUUCUCCAGGGGAAGCCCAGGGGCCCCUUCUGCCCUCUCCAGCCAGAGGUCUCAAGUUUCUAAAGCUGCCUCCAGCCUCAGAGAAGGUCCCCAGCCCAGGAGGCCCCCAGCUCAGCCCCCAGCUCCCCCGGAACUCCCGAAUCCCCUGCCGGAACAGUGGCUCAGAUGGCAGCCCCUCCCCACUGCUGGCCCGCAGGGGUCUGGGUGGAGGAGAGCUGUCCCCGGAGGGGGCGCAGGGCCUACCCACCAGCCUGUCACCCUGUUCUACAACCCCAGACUCUGCACAGCUCAGACCUCCCCAGUCAGCCUUGUCCACCACGCUAUCCCCAGGACCAGUGGUGUCUCCCUGCUACGAGAACAUCCUGGACCUUUCCCGGAGCACCUUUAGGGGGCCUUCCCCAGAGCCACCUCCAUCCCCACUGCAGGUGCCCACCUACCCACAGCUAACUCUAGAGGUACCACGGGCCCCCGAGGUCCUCAGGAGCCCUGGAGCGCCCUCCAGCCCCUGCCUCCCAGAAUCCUGCCCCUAUGGGAGCACCCAGGAGAAGAGUUUGGACAAGGCAGGCUCCGAAUCUCCCCAUCCUGGCCGCAGGACCCCAGGCAGCUCAUCCAAGAAGCCCAGCCAGGGGGCAGGGCGGCGACCUGGGGAUCCUGGCCACACACCUCUGCGGGACAGACUGGCAGCCCUGGGGAAACUGAAGACUGGCCCUGAGGGGCCCCAGGGCCCAGAGAAGAACGGGGUGCCGGCCAGGCCUGGCACCGAAAAGGCCCGGGGAGCAGGGAGGUCAGGGGAGAGCACUGGAGACAUGGUGUCCCCCGGCCCCAGGCCCCCUGAGCAGCCAGAAGCCAAGGGGGCCCUGCGGGGGGCAGUGGCCUUAGGCACAAGCAGCCUGAAGCAGCAGGAACCCGGGCUUCUGGGGGACCCCGGGGCCCGAGUCUACUCCUCCCACUCGAUGGGGGCCCGGGUAGACCUGGAGCCUGUCUCACCAAGGAGCUGCCUCACCAAAGUGGAGCUGGCCAAGAGCCGGCUGGCAGGGGCCCUGUGCCCCCAGGUACCCCGCACCCCUGCCAAAGUGCCCACCUCAGCCCCCAGCCUCGGCAAGCCCAAUAAGAGCCCCCACGGCAGCCCUACAAAGCUACCUUCCAAGUCACCCACCAAGGUGGUGCCCCGACCUGUGGCCCCACCAGGCACCAAGGAGCCCCCCAAGCCUGACAAGGGGAAGGGCCCACCUUGGGCAGACUGUGGUGGCCCCACAGCCCAGCCCACGCCCCCAGCACCUGGCCCCGCUGACCCAAGCCAAGGCCCUGAGGGGCGGGCCCCACACUCGGCCAUUGAGGAGAAGGUGAUGAAGGGCAUUGAGGAGAAUGUGCUGCGGCUCCAGGGCCAGGAGCGGGCACCAGGCACCGAGGCCAAGCACCGCAACACCAGCAGCAUCGCCAGCUGGUUCGGCCUUAAGAAGAGCAAGCUGCCAGCACUGAACCGGCGCACGGAGGCCACCAAGAGCAAGGAAGGGGCUAGUGGGGGCUCCCCACUCCGGAAGGAGGUCAAGAUGGAAGCCCGGAAGCUGGAGGCUGAGAGCCUCAACAUCUCCAAGCUAAUGGCUAAGGCAGAAGACCUGCGCCGGGCGCUGGAGGAGGAGAAGGCCUACCUGAGCAGCAGGGCCCGGCCACGGCCCGGGGGACCAGCACUGGGGUCCAGUGCAGGGCUGGGACAGGUGCAGGGCCAGCUGGCUGGCAUGUAUCAGGGUGCAGACACCUUCAUGCAACAGCUGCUCAACAGGGUGGAUGGCAAGGAGCUGCCACCCAAGAGCUGGCGGGAGCCCAAACCCGAGUAUGGCGAUUUCCAGCCGGUGUCCUCUGACCCCAAGAACCCCUGGCCAGCUUGUGGGCCCCGAAAUGGCCUGGUGGGCCCUCUUCAGGGCUGUGGAAAGCCUCCUGGGAAGCCGAGCAACGAGCCGGGGAGGCGGGAAGAGAUGCCCUCGGAGGACAGCCUGGCCGAGCCAGUGCCCACCUCGCACUUCACAGCCUGUGGCUCCUUGACUCGAACCCUGGACAGUGGCAUUGGGACCUUCCCGCCCCCAGACCAUGGCAGCAGUGGGACCCCCAGCAAGAAUCUUCCUAAGACCAAGCCACCACGGCUGGAGCCCCCACCCGGGGUGCCCCCAGCUCGACCCCCACCCCUUACCAAAGUCCCCCGCCGUGCCCACACGCUGGAGCGUGAGGUGCCAGGCAUAGAGGAGCUGCUGGUGAGUGGGCGGCACCCCAGCAUGCCGGCUUUCCCAGCACUGCUCACCGCUGCUCCAGGCCACCGGGGCCAUCAGACCUGUCCUGACGAUCCCUGUGAAGACCCAGGUCCUCCCCCUCCUGUCCAGCUGGCCAAGAACUGGACCUUCCCCAACGCAAGGGCAGCCGGCAGCUCUGCUGACCCUUUCCUAUGCCCACCCCGACAGUUGGAGGGGCUUCCCAGGACCCCCAUGGCCCUGCCCGUGGACCGGAAGCGGAGCCUGGAGCCCAGCCGCCCAGCCCCGACGCCCCAGGGCCCAGCGUUUGGGGGUAGCCGCACCCCCAGCACAUCAGACAUGGGCGAGGAAGGGAGAGUGGCCAGCGGGGGCCCCCCAGGGCUUGAGACCUCAGAGUCUCUCAGCGACUCGCUCUACGACUCACUCUCCUCCUGUGGGAGUCAGGGCUGAAGGGCUGUGCCACACCACGGCCCCUCUCUGGAGUUGGAGACCACAGACUGGACCUGCCCUCCUCAUGCCCUGCCCCUUGGGGCCAGCGGGGCCCCUUCCUGAAGGGACCAAGGAGGCAGAUGGACAAGAAGGUGAAGGGGGUCCCUGGCACACCCCACUGCUGCUGUGGAGGAGAUGACCGCUCUCAGCUCAGGGAGAGACCCCACCCUUGGUCCCUUCUCUCACCCAGAGUGAGGCUCGUCCUCUGAGGGACUGGGGGUUCAAGGCCGCUGUGUCCCGGCCCCCAGCUCGCACUUCAGGCUGAGCCAUCUUGUGGUGCUGGGCUUCCUGCCCACUGGCCAUGCCAUCUCCGCCCAACCUGGCUGCUCCCUGCCCCGGCACCCCCACGGGGCCAGCCCGGAGGCCCCAUGACGGUGGAGUUCGGGGCAAGCGGUCAAGUUGCCUUCUCUCUCUGUCUGCCCUGGUCCUCCCUGCUGUCUGGAUGGUGCUGCCCUCCCCUGCCCCAUGUCUUUGGGGUUCGUUGUUUGUCUUUUUGUUGUUUUUAUAUUAAAGCACCUGGCCCGGUCCCCAUCCCCCUAUCCCGCACUGCGGUUAAUUUAUCUGUUGUUAAAAACGCGGCUGCUCUGCUUCCAGCCUCUGCUUCUGCCGUAUCCCUAAUAAAACGUGGAGGCCCCUCCCUGC